AUGGCCAAGAGCCUUGCCGAUCCCCCGUACAUCUCGCAAAGAUCGAAUGUCUCUCUUCUACCAGCUCUACGCCCAUCGUCCCCGGGCACAUCCGGACACACAUACACAAGCGGGGGCUCUGAGAACCCUCAUAGAAGGGACUCUGUGCUGGGCCCUUCUCGGAACGCAAGCAUCCAGAAGCGCUCUAAUAGCAUUCGCAGCCCCCUCCCCCUUCACCAACCCAUCCCCACACAGCCCAUGAUGCAUUCGCAUAUUCUAAAUUCACUCGAGAAGGAAGCUGAGAAACCGGAGUCGGAUAAGGAGGCCGGGAAACUGGAGUCGGAGAAGGAAGCUGAAAACCUGGAAUCGGAGAAGGAGGCCGAGAAGCUGGAGUCAGAGCAGAACCGUGCCCAGGAGUAG